GCGUCGACGUCGGCGUUAUCAUUGUCGUGGUGCUCGUGCUCGUCGUCGUCGUCGCCGUCGUCGUCUUCGUCGUCGUCGUGGUCGUCGCCGGCGCCGCGACGCCCAAGUGGCCACGACCGAGUGCGCCGCGUCUCCACCGAGCCAGUGCGCGUUCACCUGUCGUGACGACGCGUUUCACCCCUGGGUCUGUCGAUUUCACGACACCCGCGUUUCCUCCUGGCGGCUUCGCACGCCACGUACUCUCGUACGCGCGCACGUGACGGCAUUGCAUGCCUCGUAAUCACGCGCCGCCGUCUGUCACUUUCGGUCGGUACGUCCCAUCCCGCUCGUGUCGUCCGUUGAAGAGGAGAGAGAAGAUGCCCGACUGAAUUUCCGACACGGAGGAAGUCGUGAAACGACGCGCACGACAGGAUGCUGAGAUUCUGCCCUCGGCGAGCGACGCAGCGAAAUGGGCAUGACAGCAACUCCUCCGAAAAACUAAUAAGCGCCAAACUGAUCUUCAGUUCGUGCGCGCAGCAGAUCAUUGGCAGAAUGCCGUCAACGUCACGUACAUUACCCACGUCAACGAAACAAACUUUAGGUACGUCGAUGUCUGCGUUAUUUCCCAUCGAGGGUCUAAGAGGAUACUUGUAAUCCCGCGUAGAUAGAGCUCGUUGCGAUUUAUUGGAUCAUCGAAUAAAGAUUUGCGUGGAGAAGGUUACCGCACGUGCGGGAUAAAGCACGCAAUCAGGCGAUCUCCUCUCGCCUCUUCCGGCACUCGUUCUGGUAGGACUCGUAAGGCUCGUAUUCUCGCUCUCUCGUGUUUCGAUAUCAAGAAUGAUGAUGAUGAACACAACGAUGGAUAUGAUCGAUUACGCGGAGAACCUGGCCCACAACAACCUGACGCACAACAGCACGAUGCGGAAUUGCGAGGCCGACCUGCCGAUCAUCGCCCUGGUCAACCAGAUUCUUUAUUCGCUCGUGUGCAUCGUCGGCCUCCUCGGCAACACCUUGGUCAUCUACGUUGUCUUGCGCUUCUCGAAGAUGCAGACAGUAACGAACAUCUACAUCCUGAACCUGGCCUUUGCGGACGAGUGCUUCCUGAUCGGUAUACCGUUUCUGGUGACGACCAUCAGCCUGCGCAGCUGGAUCUUCGGCAAGAUCAUGUGCAAGGCGUACAUGACCACUACGAGCAUCAAUCAGUUUACGAGCAGUAUUUUCCUGUUCAUCAUGAGCGCCGAUCGUUACAUCGCCGUCUGCCAUCCGAUCACGUCACCGAAAAUGCGCACGCCCUUCAUCUCCAAAGUGGUCUCGUGCACCGCCUGGGGCACCAGCGUUCUUUUCAUGGUUCCCGUGUUCCUAUACGCAAACGCGAUGGAAUCGCCUGAGGGUGUCGUGAGCUGCAACAUCUACUGGCCGAAUGAUCGCGGCGGCCAGACCACCUUCACCCUAUACACCCUCAUCCUGGGCUUCGCCGUUCCCCUGGUCUUCAUUUUGACCUUCUAUUUCCUGGUGAUCAGGAAGCUGCGCACGGUAGGCCCGAAGAACAAAUCGAAGGAGAAGAAACGCUCGCAUCGAAAGGUGACCAAGCUGGUGCUGACGGUGAUCACCGUGUACGUGUUCUGCUGGCUGCCCUACUGGGUCACCCAAGUAGCGCUGAUCUACACCCCGCCGAAGCAAUGCCAGAGCAACAUCACUAUCACCAGCUUCCUGCUGGCCGGCUUCCUCAGCUACAGUAACAGCGCGAUGAAUCCGAUCCUCUACGCCUUCCUGAGCGACAACUUCAAGAAGAGCUUCCUGAAGGCGUGCACCUGCGCGGCUGGCAAGGACGUGAACGCCGCGCUGCACAUUGAGAACAGCAUAUUCCCGCGGAGGAACAAGACCAACACCGAUCGGAUGCAGUCCAAUCGGAUGAUCAUGUCCGGACAUUCCAGGUUCGACGAGGACGCAGAGCGAGGGCCGCUCAUCAGCAAGACCUCCACCACCACGGUAACUAUGACAUCUAGGUCGAACAUCACGAUCAGCAGCGACCCGACACAAAGGGACAAGGAUCUACUCAAGAACGGCGCCCAGUCGACCGUGUUGACGCAGGUUUAAAGGUUCGGAUGACGAAAGAAUGCCACGUGCACGUUGAAUUCUUGGUGUUAUCCGUUUCGACACGAACGAAAGCGACGGUUGAAACGAGACAAUGCGUUCGUUUUACGAAGAGCAUACCACGUCGAUGCGUUAAUAAUAAAUCUUGGCUAUUAAUAGUAAAUCUUGUGUGUUCGAAGGUGAUCAUUUAAUUUGUUAUAAAAGUAUAUCACUUGAUAAGUAUAUACUUGACAUUCUGACGUUGUCACUGACUCGUUUGAAAUAUCACCGACAGUUUUUACUCGGCAUUAUUCGAAAAUGCUCGAUAAAAUCACACACGUACUCGCCGUAUAUUAUAGCAAGUGCUACAUUUUCGAAUAUGACAAACGCCUCACGUCUGGUUCUUCGUCGUGAGUUUCUCGAUAUUGAAAGUUUUAUCUCGGCAUUGUUCGAUUCUCCGUUUAACAUGGAGAUGUUAACGCUGAUGUAUGGGAAAUUUAUUCCAUGUAAAGGGACACGUCUUGUAAAAUAUUUCGUCCUCGUGUAAUUACACAGUGAUUCUGCGCCAUUACGGUAGCUUAUUGUUUUAUGUACUUUUCGCUGGGCGCUGAAAGAGGGAUGACAUAAUGGAAUACAUCACGUUAAACGGGAAACUAGGAAGAGAGUUAGAUGAGAUGCGAACCCCAGAAGAACCGCGUCAUUUUUCUUCCGGAAAAAAGAAACUUCAUGAAUCGAGAAACACAAAUCUUCCUUGAUAUCCGACAUCACAUGCAUAAACCUUCAAUUAAUGAGUCGACAAUAGUCAAACACACAUGCGAGAUUGAAAAUAUCUCUCACACACAUCCUCUUUGUUAAAGCUCAGCCCUUUCUCUUUAAUCCAAGCGUUUCACGUAACUACGAAUGCCUUGGUCGUGUACUUUCAGUACUCAUUUUUGUCCUUGUUCGAAGUUUCCAAUUCGACAUAUCCAAGAUUAUCGGAAUAUAUUAUAGGACUUCUCUUAGCCUCUUUUAUGUAUAGAUGCCCUUUAAAAAGCCAGAAGUGGUAACUACUCCGAACUACUUCAGAGUACUUCGAAGUGUUGUGGGAAUCACUGAUAUCACAUUGCGCAGUAUAAAUGUGUACUAAUCAAAUUCUUGACUUUCCUGAAAAUAGACAGGCACAUUCUAUAGGAAAUUAAAUUAUUUAUAUGUUAUAUGAAAUAUUAUAAAUUAUUUAUCGUUAUAUGAAAAAGAACACGUAUUUUAUUUAAGAUUGCGUUUCAAAGCGCCCGUCAUGUUAUCUUGUCACACACGGAUUUCCCGCAGCGAAUUUCAUAAUCCAGUGCGUUUGGUGAACGUGUUCGUCAGCGUGAGGUGCUCUCGCAUAUGAAUAUUGUGGAACGCUGAUACACGUUGACUUUUUUAAACUUACGCGGGUGCGAAGGGUCGUAAAUCCCGCCCAUUACCCGGAGGGAUCCCUCUUAGUUUAUUUAACAACGCAACGAAAACACGCCAAAGCCGUCGCGCGGAAACGGCAGAGAAGGGGAGCAGAUAGCGAAGGGAAGAGGGCGGAUGGCAUAAGGGCGCGGUCAGAAUUUUAUCAUGCGCAAAACGAUUUCCCCUAAGAGCUAUAAUAAAGAUUAACACACGACCAAGCACGCGCAACGGUGUCAAAUUGGAGAGAAUAAUGACUCCUGAGCUGUUCUUGACCUGAUUUUUUUAUUCGGUUGACAAAUUAACUGAUUUUGAAUAUAAUCUACACGCGGUUGCAUAAUAGCGACUGGCAGGUUGGAUGUAGGUGAUGAUUCGUUUUCUCUGACGUCGCACGAGGGCUUUUCCCUUUUCAUCACGCACUACCUCUCUUGCGUGUAUCUUAACGACCAUCUCUUUCUUUCUCUCUCUCUUUCUCUCUCAUUCCUUCCUUUUAAAAACGCUGUAAUAACUUAAAAAUAGAACGCAGCCGCUCGUACGUCAUAGCGCGUCGUCUGUAAAUAACAAACGGGUUUUUCCUAGGAAACUUGGAGCCUUGUAAAAAUAACCGCUUAAGUCUACGUUGCGAAGCUAUAAAUAUGUUUUAGACGGAAAUGUUUGUACGGUCUCUUUUUUGUGUGUGAUUUGAUUUGAAUUAGUUACUCGAGAAAUUGACGUGCAUUGAUGUUCACGGUGGGAAAAAAAUAUUGAUUGCAAAUUGACUGAAAAUUCUGUUAUUACAAUCUCGCCCGUUUAUUUCAUCAUGCCGAUAUAUCCGGCACUCGUACGUAUUCCAAUGCGCACGCAAAAAUUUAUUUAGCAUAUUGGCAGCGCCAUCCGGUGAUUUGCGACGUGAAUGAUUAAACGCGCCGAUCAUAAAAUUGGAACUUAAUAUUCUUCAAACGGCAUUUUAAUCGCUUUUGCUGCGGCGAUGUCCUGCUGACCAGACUCGUUAUUACUCGAUGGAUCACUGGGAAGAGGGACAGGAAGGACGAUGGCCGGCGUGAAAUAUAAAUUUCAUCAUCGCACAUGAUCUUUUCGGAGCCAAUAUCGGAAACAUUGCGGAAAUAUUCCGAGAAUAAACGGGACCGAGAAACCGAUAAUUAUUGCCCUCGUCACCCACACAAUCUUCCUCCAUUCUCUAAUGAAGGCAGUUGUGUCGUUAAAGAGAAACAUUACAUGAAGAAUCGAAUUUACCUCGAGGCGGAUUUAUCUCGACUCUUUUGCAAAAGAAAUUAUAUUUGUCCAAGUAAUGGCGUCGAUAAUGGAUGUCUAUUUUUAAAUUCCCGAAUUGUGAGCCCCAUUCCUCAUCGAUUUCGUCCGCAUCGUAACGAUUCCAUCCCUGUCCAGCCCGCGAGAUCUCUCCUUUAGAUUCUUCGAGUAAAAGGCAUGAUCGCAUAUCGUCGAAAAUGCAUAUUUCCCUAACGAUAAUUUCAAAGACAACAAUAACGCGGUAAUUUCAAUGGCUUUUCCGGCCGAUUAUCGAAUCCUUUUAAGGCGACACGACGGGCGCGAAUGUUACGCGAAGCGUCGAUGGAUCGAUAGGUCGCGUAUGCCUUCAAUGGCAGGCAACGUUACGGCACCAACUCGUAAAUUGAUAUCCACUUCAGCCCCGGCUCUUAACUAGGGUAUGCGCAUCACACGCGUAUUCUGUAAGCGGUGACAGGUCAAGGGUCUCGUUGCAGCCACGUGACGGCAUACCCGCGCAAAAGUGCAAUCGAGAGUACGGACUUUUCACGAGCCGAACGAAUCUGUCGCGUAUUUCCCGGCGAAAUUUCAUUGUCCUGUACGACUGACACACAUGGACGCGCAUUUUCUACAAUGUUUUCUGCAACGCACGAGUCGCUGUCAAAUCUAGAAUGUACUGCGCGCCUGUUUACAAAUGAUGGAUGAAUGGAUUGAUUGAUUUGUCCUCCUUUGUUUUUUGUUCGCAAUUAUAUAAAUCUAAUCCCGGAGAGGAGGAUUGUUAAUUGAAGUCCGCAGCGUUUGUGAGGUGGAGCAGGAGGAGCUCCAAUAACAAACCGGUAGAUAAAUAAGUUUGCUGGCGGGAACUCUUGUUCGUUGCAAAUCAAAUUAAUAAUUGCUGUUACGUACCGUUCUGCAGUCCAGUUAUUCAGAGCGGUGUGUACAGCGGUGCCAGACCAAUUAUUAAAUGCGCGAAUACCACAUAAUACGUGCUCUGAUUGCCAGCUCUGAACGUCGCGAGCGCUUCGUCCGUUCGCUGCCGUCAAUACUGCUUGUAGCUUCAUUUGCGAGGACGACGGCAGUCGCUAAAUUAACGCGAUGCGAAACUUGGAAGAUUUUCUAUCCGCUUAUAACGAGCGUGAUCUUCUUAACGUCGACAUCGUGAUACCCGCCGAGCGCGAAAUCUUGCCGUUGAUGCAUGCAAAACGAGGAAUCGGGAUUACCUAAAUGAAUUCUAAAGAAUGAAAACGAAGAAAAUGGAGAACGCGAUUGGACGCAUAAAAAAUUUCAUUCUGCUCGUUACUGGCUCGUUGCGGAUACUGAGUUACAAAGGAUUAAGAAGCUAUGACCUGCGCCGCGUAAGAACGACCUGUUGCGGCAGCGGAAAAAGACCAGAUUUCCACCAGACUUCAGAAAAUUUAUAUUCUUAUCCUGACUGUUUUGCGAUUCAGUCUGUGAUAUUAUUCACGCUUAGCAAUAUAUUUUUUCCGAAUAAAACUUCGAGAAACUUGCGUGUAUGACGUAAUAAAAAUCAUGUUCGAAAGAUUUUGUUACGUAAAAGUUUUUUAGUAUUUCUGUUAACAUCGUUAGUUUAAUAAAAACAUUCCUGUUUUUAUUUUGCAUUUUGUUUUUACAUUGCGUGUGUACGGCUUAUAUGUCACCGUACAAAAUUCAAUUAAAAAAUUGGUUAUUUAUUAUUUUAAAUUAUAAUAAACAAAAUGUACACGUUUAAAGUUAUUCAAUCUCAUUGGUUUUUUAGUUAGUUACAACAACGGCAAUUGUUGUAAAUUAUAAUGUUUUAUCGUCUUUAUUUCCUCGAUGACGUGCCAUCUAACAGAGAUCUAAAUUUUAACGAUAUCUACAUUUAUCUCUAGAUGCAGGAAAAACUACGAAAUUAACUGCAGGUCGUAAUAAUCGCAGCAUGAACGAGUUAUCUUUCACAUUUUCUCUCGACAAAGCGGAUGUUAGCUCCAAUAUCUAUUAAUAACGUUGGACGUUUUAAUUAAUCGAACGAAAGCCCAAAUUGGACCAAUUGAACGAAGCUCAACAAUAUACACCUAUCUAUAUCAUGUGUGUGCGUACAUGAAAGAGGGAGAGAAAAUGAGAGAGAGAGAGAGAGAGAGAGAGUGCGCGCGCGCGGUCAUCGCAAUAAAAUAAACCACGUACCACCCUCUGCCCCGUUUCCCUGCACAAGCAAAACACAUAUCAAAGAUUCAUGGAGUUGCCGGCAGUGGAUACAAUUGGCGACUAAAUAAGCGAUUCAUUAAUUUCGUUAAUUUGUCAAGAGGAUUUGCCUAGCGGCAAUCAAAUCCGUGCAGUUUGCGCGCGGUUUCAGGAUAAUGCGAGAGCCGUGUAGCGUGCGAGCGGAACCCCGAUCGUUCGCGAUUAUUAAACACGUUGAUAACGGAGAAUAUGCAUGCUGAUUACUGGACGGCACAUUUGCGCCUCGAUUAGCCUGUACCCUUUGCGCGUGUUUGGCUGGCAAGUCCAUUCUGCGCGGCCGAACGUUUGAUCUGUCGUACGUGCGACCGUAACUAGCCCUGAGCGGGGAAUAUCAAUGCACCACGUAGGACCCAACGCCAAUGGAAUUAUCAUGAUUAUAGGUCGCUCAUGAUUAUAGAUCAGCACGUCAUUCCUCGUGAAUCAUGGAGCGCCGACGUCGAAUUGAACGAAGCGUCAACUGGAAGCUUUCCAUGUGAAAAACCAUGCAAUAUGUGCGUUGCUCGGGAGAGGAAGGGUAAAGAGAGAAAAGGAGAUGUGCGUUUCGCAUAUAGUUUCAAUUACGCGUGUAAAAUCGAGUGUAUAGAUUUAGCAGAGAGAUUUCACAGAAAGCUUGGGCGUAAGCUGCUUGGUGCAUGCACGUUGAUCUUAAAGAUCAAAGUGACGUAUGCAUUAGCUGAUGAAUCGCGUGUUUGCCUGCGUUUCUCUUCACAUUUCCUGAUCGCAUUUAUCAUUUGUAUUUGAAGGGACGCGCUUGAACGGACCUUCGCUAAAACCCCGUUUCUGUGACCGUUCGUUUCAUUUGCGGAAGAGUGAUUGAUUUCCGGUGGACGUUCGUCACUGGACACGAUCCUAAUGAAAUCCAGAUAGUCGCCCGAAGGUCGGAAAGAACGACAGAAGGGAGACAAAUCUGGGGCAAACUGGCGUGCAGGAGGAAAAAA